AUGGAUAACCGGACCAUCACGACGCCAGUUCCUCAAUACGAUCAGAAUUCGAGUGAUACUGAUUUGCUAAGUCAGUCAAAUUAUACUGAGAUCAUAACGGAGACUAUUAUUGUGUCAGACAGUGACAAUAUUUCAUCCAACCUGACCUCAGUUAUAGCAAAAAGUGCAACAAACAACGGAUCAAGCUAUGACGAAUCGAAUCUAUAUGUUGGCACGAAUCAAAUAUCUUCUUAUAUAGCAACCGGCUUUUCACAGUUCGUGAAUUCUACAGCAAAUGCCCUAUCAAACCUUGCAGAAACAUAUAUAGAAAAUAUAAGAAACGACACAACAUCCAUCACAACAAAUACUCUGGAAGUAGUUUCGUCCCCCAAGCCACUUUCGAAAAACAAUGAACUGACUACCGUUAUAGUUGAUCAAGAUUUAUCAUCUAAUUACAACUCAACUGAAAACACUACAAUUAUUGCAGAACUUUUCAAGACAUCUCCCUCAUGGAUCGAAACAAGCACUGUCAGUACCACCUCACCACUAUUGGAGAAUGCAACUGCAGAAUCCAAAAGUAUCCUCGCUCAGAUCUCCGAUUCAAUCCAGGACGCCGGGACCUUCAUUCUCAACAAGACAGAGUCCUUGUUUAACGGAAGUAUUAGCAUCGAUGGAAGCUUGAGCAACAGUACUUCAUCCAAGCAGGCUCAGGAUGAACAAAAUAAUUUUCUGUAUAUAAUCAUAACUGUAUGUAUUUUAGUUGUGGUUGGGGUUUUGAGUGGAGCAUUUCUUAUAAAAAAAAUGCAUAACAAACAGAAGAGUUUUGAUGUAACCAUGAUUAAUAAAGCUUACCAGUGAAUAUACAUACCAAGUGG